AUGCUUCCAACACCUCAAUGUCCUACAGUAUACGUCGGAGAUUUCAAUUCUCAUAGCACCAACUGGGGCUAUACAACUGAAAAUGAAGAUGGAGAACGGCUAUUUAGCUGGGCGACACUCAACCGCCUGCACCUAUUAUACGAUGCGAAACAAGGCGGCACCUUCGUUUUUGGCAGAUGGGGCAUAGCAACAACUCCUGACCUUUGUUUUGUAACAACAUACUUCCGUGAUCAACCCAUAAGAACUUCCGGAACUAUUUUACAUAACUUCCCCAGAACACAGCACAAACCAGUAGCAAUAGACAUAGGUUUACACCUACCAAGAUAG